CGACAACUCAAACGUCACAGACACGGGUUAUUCCUUUCAUUUGUGAAGAAGUCAUCGGUGUGAACCUUUGCAUUGAUGGUUUCUGAGCUUGCUCGCUAGUCUAGUCUAUCUAGAACCGCGAUAACUUCGCGCGUUCAGACAAGAGGCUUCACCCUUUUUUCCAUCUCACCUCCAUCGCGACAAAUCCUCACCCCGACGCGAUGGCAUCGAUCCCACCUCCACCACCCGGCUGGGCGCCCCCUCCGCCUCCCGGUGCGCCUCCUGGAGCUCCUCCGGGGAUGAACAUCGCGCCUCCACCCCCCGGAUACCGCCCGCAGGAUCCGAACAUCGCGAAGUUCGCGCAGAAAAAGAAAGAAUGGCUGCGACUCCAGAAACAGCGGUUCGGAGAGAAACGGAAAGGCGGGUUCGUCGAGACGCAGAAGGUGGACAUGCCGCCGGAGCAUUUGCGGAAGAUUGUAAAGGAUAUUGGCGACGUGUCGCAGAAGAAGUUCAGCAGUGAUAAGCGCAGCUAUUUGAACGCGUUGAAGUUCAUGCCUCACGCGGUUCUGAAGCUGCUGGAGAAUAUGCCGAUGCCGUGGGAGGCUGCGCGAGAGGUCAAGGUUCUUUAUCACGUCAACGGAUGUCUGACGCUGGUCAACGAAGUUCCUCGAGUCAUCGAGCCAGUCUUCCAUGCGCAGUGGGCAACAAUGUGGUUGGCGAUGAGGCGGGAGAAGAGCGAUAGAAGACACUUCAAGAGGAUGCGAUUUCCGCCUUUCGACGAUGAAGAACCGCCCCUAUCGUGGUCGGAGAACAUCGAGGGUGUCGAGCCCCUCGAGCCCAUCCAGUUGGAGCUUGACGAGGUCGAGGAUUCGGCUGUAUACGAUUGGUUCUACGAGCAUCAACCUCUCAGUGACACGCCACACGUCAAUGGACCGAGUUACAAGACAUGGAAUAUGUCGCUUCCGCAGAUGGCGACGCUGUACCGACUCAGUCAUCAACUACUAAGCGACAAGGUCGAUAAGAAUUACUUCCACAUGUUCGACCUGGAGAGCCUUUUCACUGCGAAAGCGCUCAAUGUUGCCAUCCCAGGUGGCCCACGAUUCGAGCCAUUGUACAAAGACAUCGAUCCCAACGAUGAAGAUUUCGGCGAGUUCAAUGCGAUCGAUCGAAUCAUCUUCCGCCGUCCGAUUCGCACCGAGUAUCGAGUCUCGUUCCCGUUCCUUUACAACUCUUUGCCACGCAGUGUUAAGGUCGCCUGGUACUCGCACCCGCAGGCCGUGUACGCGCCAACCACAAGUCCAGCGCUUCCAGCAUUCUACUUCGACCCGAUCAUCAACCCGAUCUCUUCACGAUCGGUCGCCCCGAAGAACCUCACGGUUAGCCUCGAAGAUGAGGUAUUCGGAUAUGGAAACGAUGAGGAUGAGUUUGAAUUGCCAAAGGGUAUGGAACCAUUCAUGGCGGACCAGGAGCUGUAUACGGACGAGACUGCAUCCGCCAUCUCCCUUUGGUGGGCACCUUUCCCAUUCGACCGACGAUCCGGCCAUAUGGUGCGCGCACAAGACGUACCCUUGGUCAAACAAUGGUAUCUCGAGCAUGGACUCGGUGGCGAAUCCGUCAAGACUCGAGUGUCUUACCAGAAGAUGCUUAAGACCUACGUGCUCAACGAGUUACACAAGAGACCUCCUAAGGCGCAAAAUGCACAAAAUUUGCUUCGCUCAUUGAAAGGAACCAAGUUCUUCCAGCAGACCACUAUUGACUGGGUCGAGGCGGGUUUACAAGUCUGUCGACAGGGCUUUAACAUGCUCAAUCUCCUCAUUCACCGCAAGAACCUCACCUACCUUCAUCUGGACUACAACUUCAACCUCAAACCGGUCAAGACCCUCACCACCAAAGAGCGAAAGAAGUCUCGGUUCGGCAAUGCUUUCCACUUGAUGCGUGAAAUUCUCCGCUUGACGAAACUGAUUGUUGACGCUCAAGUCCAAUAUCGCCUGGGGAAUAUCGAUGCUUUCCAACUGGCGGACGGCAUUCUCUACGCCUUCAAUCAUGUUGGCCAGUUGACCGGUAUGUACCGGUACAAAUACAAGCUGAUGCAUCAAAUCCGAACCUGCAAGGAUCUGAAACAUCUUAUCUACUACCGGUUCAACAUGGGCCCUGUUGGAAAGGGUCCAGGAUGCGGUUUCUGGGCUCCCGCCUGGAGAGUCUGGCUAUUCUUCAUGCGCGGAAUUAUCCCCUUGCUGGAGCGCUGGCUGGGUAAUCUGCUUUCCAGACAGUUCGAAGGUCGCCACAGCAAGGGCGUCGCCAAGACCGUCACAAAGCAGCGAGUCGAGUCACAUUUCGAUCUUGAAUUGAGAGCCUCGGUGAUGGCAGACUUGAUGGAUAUGAUGCCGGAAGGAGUGCGGCAAAACAAGGUGAACAGUGUGCUGCAACAUUUGUCCGAGGCAUGGCGCUGCUGGAAGAGUAACAUCCCCUGGAAAGUACCCGGUCUUCCUGCACCAGUUGAGAACAUCAUCCUGCGGUAUGUGAAGAGCAAGGCGGAUUGGUGGGUUUCUGUUGCCCAUUACAACCGUGAGCGCAUUCGACGAGGCGCUACAGUUGAUAAGACCGUUGCGAAGAAAAAUCUUGGUCGUUUGACGCGGUUGUGGCUCAAGUCCGAACAGGAGCGCCAACACAACUAUCUCAAAGACGGACCGUAUGUUUCGACUGAGGAGGGUGUUGCCAUAUAUACCACCACUGUCCAUUGGCUGGAGUCGCGCAAGUUCCAGCCAAUUCCCUUCCCCAGCGUCUCUUACAAGCACGACACGAAAAUUCUCAUUCUUGCCCUCGAGAGGCUUCGCGAGGCUUACUCCGUCAAAGGACGUUUGAAUCAGAGCCAGAGAGAAGAAUUGGCCCUCAUUGAGCAGGCGUACGACUCCCCAGGAACUACACUGGCUCGCAUCAAGCGAUUCCUCCUUACGCAGCGUGCGUUCAAAGAAGUGGGUAUCGACAUGAACGACAACUAUAGUUCGAUCAACCCCGUCUACGACAUCGAGCCGAUCGAGAAGAUCACGGAUGCUUAUCUGGACCAGUAUCUGUGGUAUCAAGCCGAUCAGCGACACCUGUUCCCUGCCUGGAUCAAGCCCUCAGACUCCGAAGUGCCACCUCUCCUGACGUACAAGUGGGCCCAAGGGAUCAACAAUCUUGACAAAGUCUGGGAGCACGAGAAUGGCGAGUGCAGUGUCAUGAUCGAGACUGAACUAUCUAAAGUCUACGAGAAGAUGGAUCUGACAUUGCUCAAUCGCUUGCUCAGACUGGUCAUGGAUCACAACUUGGCGGACUACAUCACUGCGAAGAACAAUGUGCAGCUUAGCUAUAAGGAUAUGAAUCAUACCAACAGUUAUGGUAUGAUCAGAGGUCUUCAGUUCUCUGCCUUUGUCUUCCAGUACUAUGGUCUUGUGGUCGACUUGCUUUUGCUCGGAUUACAGCGAGCCAGCGACUUGGCCGGCCCGCCCCAGAGUCCGAACGAUUUCUUGCAGUUCAAGGAUCGUGAGACCGAAACGCGCCACCCAAUUCGUCUCUACACCCGAUACAUCGACAAGAUUUGGGUCUUCUUCCGAUUUACCGCGGAAGAGUCACGUGAUCUAAUCCAGCGAUUCCUCACUGAGCAGCCCGAUCCGAAUUUCGAGAAUGUGAUCGGGUACAAGAACAAGAAGUGCUGGCCGCGGGACUCCCGCAUGAGGCUCAUGAGGCACGAUGUCAACUUGGGCCGUGCCGUCUUCUGGGACAUGAAGAACCGCUUGCCACGAUCUGUCACCACGAUCGAAUGGGACGACACCUUUGCCAGUGUGUACAGUCGAGACAACCCGAAUUUGUUGUUCUCGAUGUCCGGUUUUGAGGUCCGCAUCCUUCCGAAGAUCCGCAACUUGAGCGACGAGUUUCCGAUUAAGGACAGCGUUUGGGGGCUUGUCGACAAUGCGACCAAGGAGCGCACCGCGCACGCCUUCCUGCAGGUCACCGAGGAGGAUAUUCAGAAGUUCAACAAUCGCAUCCGACAGAUCCUCAUGUCCUCCGGUUCGACCACAUUCACCAAGAUUGCCAAUAAGUGGAACACCACUCUCAUUGCGCUCUUCACCUACUACCGUGAGGCUGCUGUGUCGACCGUCAGCCUCCUGGAUACGAUCGUCAAAUGCGAGACAAAGAUUCAAACGCGUGUUAAGAUCGGCUUGAAUUCCAAGAUGCCUUCUCGAUUCCCACCAGCCGUCUUCUACACUCCGAAGGAAUUGGGCGGACUGGGCAUGAUUUCUGGCUCGCACAUUCUUAUCCCUGCCAGCGAUCGGAGAUGGUCAGCGCAGACAGAUACUGGUGUCACUCAUUACCGUGCCGGUAUGACCCACGACGAGGAGACACUGAUACCGAACAUCGCGCGUUAUAUCAUCCCUUGGGAAGCAGAGUUCAUCGAUUCGCAACGUGUUUGGACCGAGUACUCCCAGAAGCGGUUGGAAGCGCAACAGCAGAACCGCCGUUUGACACUGGAGGACUUGGAAGACAGCUGGGACCGAGGUCUUCCACGUAUCAAUACUCUCUUCCAGAAAGAUCGAAGCACCCUGAGCUUCGACAAGGGUUUCCGGACCCGGUCGGAGUUCAAGAUCUACCAACACAUGAAGAGCAAUCCAUUCUGGUGGACCAGCCAGCGACAUGACGGAAAGCUUUGGAACUUGAACGCCUACAGAACCGAUGUCAUUCAAGCGCUGGGGGGUGUGGAAACCAUCUUGGAACACACUCUCUUCAAAGCAACCGCGUUCCCGUCCUGGGAAGGGUUGUUCUGGGAGAAGGCUUGUCUCGCGAAGGGGACACAAUUACUACGAUACGAUGGCACCAUGAUCGCAGUUGAAGACGUGAAAGAAGGCGAUGAACUCCUCGGACCCGAUGGCGGACCUCGUCGCGCCUUCAAUAUCGUCAGCGGCACUGAUCGGCUCUACCGGAUCAAGAUUGGUGGUGGGAAGGAAGAUUUGGUCGUCACGCCAAACCAUAUCUUGGUUCUUUACCGGGAGAAGACUGAUGAGGCAACCUCGGGGACGGACGCCAACCCUGCGGAUCGCUUUGAAACCGCCGAGAUGACUGCCCUCGAAUUCGCAUCGCUCAGUGACAAAGAUCGUGACAUGCAUCGACUUUUCCGUUCUCAUGACGAUGGAGUCCCAUCCUCGGCCCAGAUUUUCGGCGUGAACGAAAUUUCUCUCGAGUCGGAAGUCGCGGAGUGGGCCGGGUUCAGGGUUGACCAAGAUCAACUCUACCUGCGCCACGACCACCUUGUGCUUCACAACAGUGGUUUCGAAGAGUCAAUGAAGUUCAAGAAGUUGACAAAUGCUCAGCGAUCCGGUCUAAAUCAAAUCCCGAAUCGCCGUUUCACCUUGUGGUGGUCAAGCACUAUAAAUAGGGCAAACGUGUACGUUGGUUUCCAGGUCCAACUUGAUCUUACGGGAAUUUUCUUGCACGGAAAGAUCCCAACUUUGAAGAUUUCGCUCAUCCAGAUUUUCCGGGCCCAUUUGUGGCAGAAGAUCCACGAGUCAGUUGUCAUGGACUUGUGUCAAGUCUUUGACCAAGAGCUCGAGGCCCUUGGGAUCGAGACGGUCCAGAAAGAAACGAUUCAUCCGAGAAAAUCGUACAAGAUGAAUAGCUCAUGCGCUGAUGUUCUCUUAUUCUCCACGGGAAGGUGGUCCGUCUCUCCACCCUCCCUACUCUAUGACACCAAGGAUAGCAUGGGACAGGCCACUGCGAACAAGUUCUGGAUCGAUGUGCAACUUCGAUAUGGUGACUACGACUCUCACGACAUCGAACGAUACACCCGAGCCAAGUACCUUGACUACACCCAAGACAGCAUGAGUAUCUAUCCCUCUGGCACUGGGUUGAUGGUUGGCAUCGACUUGGCUUAUAAUCUGUACUCUGCAUACGGACAGUACUUCCCUGGUCUGAAGCAAUUGGUGCAACAAGCCAUGGCGAAGAUCAUGAAAGCUAACCCAGCCCUCUACGUUCUUCGUGAGCGUAUCAGAAAGGGCCUUCAGCUUUAUGCGACUGAGAGCAGCCAGGAGUUCCUCAAUUCUCAGAACUACUCGGAGUUGUUCAGCAACCAGAUCCAGCUCUUCAUCGACGACACCAACGUGUACCGUGUCACCAUCCACAAGACCUUCGAAGGCAAUCUGACAACGAAGCCGAUCAACGGUGCCAUUUUCAUCUUCAACCCGCGAACUGGACAGCUCUUCCUCAAGAUUAUUCAUACGAGCGUUUGGGCCGGUCAGAAACGUUUGGGCCAGCUUGCGAAGUGGAAGACCGCCGAAGAAGUCGCUGCGCUUAUCCGCUCUUUGCCGGUAGAGGAACAACCUAAGCAACUGAUCGUCACCAGAAAGGGGUUGCUCGAUCCUUUGGAGGUUCACCUGCUCGAUUUCCCAAAUAUCUCGAUCCGUGCCUCGGAGCUUCAGCUGCCGUUCCAAGCCGCCAUGAAAGUCGAGAAGCUCGGAGAUAUGAUUUUGAGGGCGACGGAACCUCAGAUGGUUCUAUUCAACCUUUACGACGAGUGGCUCAAGUCCAUUUCAUCCUACACAGCUUUCUCGCGCUUGAUUCUCAUCCUUCGCGCUCUUCACAUCAACCCGGACAAGACCAAGCUGCUCCUCCGUCCGGACAAAACGGUCAUCACUCAAGAACAUCACAUCUGGCCGUCGCUGUCGGAUGAGGACUGGAUCAAGGUUGAAACGCAGCUGCGCGAUCUCAUUCUGAAUGACUAUGGAAAGAAGAACAACGUCAACACCUCGAGCUUGACUAGCUCCGAAGUACGAGACAUCAUCCUUGGUAUGGAGAUCAGCGCCCCGAGUCUGCAACGCCAGCAAGCCGCGGAAAUCGACAAGCAGCAGCAAGACCAGCAACAGCUUACAGCUGUUACGACCCGUACUCAGAAUGUGCACGGCGAGGACAUCGUUGUCACCACCACUUCACAGUACGAACAAGCAGCAUUCGCAUCGAAGACCGAGUGGCGGACCCGAGCGAUCGCCACCUCGAACCUGAGGACCCGCGCCAACAACAUCUACAUCUCAUCCGAAGAUGUAAAGGAGGAAGAUCAUUUUACAUAUAUCAUGCCAAAGAACGUCUUGAAGCGGUUCAUCGCCAUCGCCGACUUGCGAGUUCAGGUGGCCGGCUAUAUCUACGGAUCGUCGCCGAAAGACAACGACCAAAUCAAGGAGAUCCACACUAUUGUCAUGAUCCCGCAAGUCGGCAACACCCGUGACGUCCAGCUUCCUCGCUUCCUUCCAGAACAUGAGUACCUCCAGAACAUGGAGCCGCUGGGCAUCAUCCAUACGGUGUCCGGCAACGAAAGCGCCUACAUGACCGCCAGCGACGUCACCCAGCACGCUCGGUUGAUGAGCGCGCACAACUCCUGGGACAAGAAGACCGUCACCAUGACCGUCUCCUUCACCCCGGGCUCCGUCUCCCUCUCCGCGUGGGCGCUCACGCCCCAAGGCUACAAGUGGGGCGCCGAGAACAAAGACCUGUCCUCCGACCAGCCCGCCGGGUUCAGCACCUCGUUCGGCGACAAGUGCCAGCUCCUCCUCAGCGACCGGAUCAAGGGCUAUUUCCUGGUGCCGGAGACCAACGUGUGGAACUACAGCUUCAUGGGCAGCGCCUUCGGAGACGCGGAGCGGAAGCCGGUGCAUGUGAAGAUCGAUACGCCGGCGCGGUUCUACGAUGAUUUGCAUCGGCCAUUGCAUUUCCAGAACUUUGCGGAGCUGGAAGACGUGUGGGUGGAUCGGAGUGAUAACUUUGCUUAAAUGGGAUGCGCGGAUGGAUCGUGGCGUUCAAAACCGGGUGCAUAAUGGUCGAUCUUUGGAUGAGAUUGACUCGGGAACAAGCAUGUAUAGUAUUCCGUUCAGUGCAAUAAAUAGUAAUGCAAUGACAGUUCAGUGUCC